UUAGAAGAACCUAUCUGGACUGGUGAAGGACACAGCAACAAGACUAUGGGGUUGGUGAGUGCCAGGGAUAGAAAUAAGGGAACACUCCUCCCUUACAUCUGUGAGAUGUGGUCAGGAGAAUAAAGACAAACUUCCCUUUAUAGAAAGACACAGCACACUUAGGGUGCCAGACUUUAUUUCUGCAAGCAUUAUCAAGGCAGAUGUGGAAUUUUGUGUGAGGGUUCCAUGAGUGGAAUAGAGAAAAAUAUUGAAUGCCUUUAGAAUACUUGCUGCAUCAUCUGGCCAUGUCCCUGUAUUUUCAUGAAGAGCUAAUGGCUUUGGGGAGAAUUCAAUAAAGUGUAAUUUAAUUGCAAAACCCAAGUAAGAAAAGUUUUCUAACAUAACUCUCUUUUAUGAUAGAAAAAUAUAAAACAAAAUUCAAAUUUAAAUAUAGCAGAAGCUUUGCAAACAGAACAAACAUCAAUCUAGCUAAGAAAUAUUCUUAUCCUUGUGGAUAUAUUUAUCAUAAAUGUUUUAUAACCAUUGAAACAUUUUGCAUACAUGCAACAGAGGUACACAAUGCUGUAAAAAUGAUGUGUUCUUAAUGCACAUGGGAAAUAUUUAUUGCUGAGCAUGAAUACUGUGAUCAAGGCAGCCAGGGAACACUUGCAUGCAGAGGGAAGGGGAGACAGUGACUACAAUAAAGAACCAGUGCUUUGAGUGACACAGUGUGUAAACUAUGUGGUCCAAUAUCAGUGCUGACCCCUUUCUGCUGACUGGCUUCCCAGGACUGGAAGCAGCUCAUCACUGGAUCUCUAUCCCCUUCUUUGCCAUCUAUAUCUCUGUGCUUCUGGGCAAUGGCACACUUCUCUACCUCAUCAAGGGUGACCACAGCCUCCAUGAACCCAUGUACUAUUUCCUUGCCAUGCUGGCGGGCACAGACCUCACAGUUACACUGACUACAAUGCCCACUGUAAUGGCGGUUUUAUGGGUGAAUCACAGAGAGAUAAGACACGGAGCCUGCUUCUUACAGGCCUACAUCAUUCACUCCCUUUCCAUUGUGGAAUCAGGGGUCUUGCUUGCCAUGUCUUAUGACCGAUUUGUCGCCAUCUGCACACCUCUGCAUUACAACUCUGUCCUUACCAAUUCCAGAGUUAUAGCAAUAGGACUUGGGGUGGUACUGAGGGGCUUUUUGUCUCUUGUGCCCCCAAUCCUGCCUCUCUUUUGGUUCUCAUAUUGCCGUUCCCAUGUUCUUUCUCAUGCCUUCUGCCUCCACCAAGAUGUCAUGAAACUGGCAUGUGCUGACAUUACCUUUAACCGCAUAUACCCAGUUGUUUUGGUUGCCCUGACUUUCUUCCUUGAUGCGCUCAUCAUUGUGUUUUCCUAUGUCCUCAUUCUGAAGACAGUUAUGGGCAUCGCCUCUGGAGAGGAGAGAGCAAAGGCUCUCAACACCUGUGUGUCCCACAUUAGCUGUGUCUUGGUCUUUUACAUCACUGUGAUUGGCCUGACCUUCAUUCACAGGUUUGGAAAGAAUGCCCCCCAUGUGGUGCACAUUACCAUGAGCUAUGUCUACUUUCUCUUUCCUCCAUUUAUGAACCCCAUCAUUUACAGCAUCAAGACCAAGCAAAUUCAGAGGAGUGUUCUCCGUCUCCUAUCUGUAUAA